GCAUUAGGCACGACGACAGCGUUCAACCCGGACUGCUGCAGUGAUGCGUAUCCGACGCGUUUCGACGUGGCCCACCGGAAAACGCAGCACGUCCGUUCGAGCACGCGGUUCGUCGUCUUUGGCAGAAAUCGUCUGGAAAAACAGGUCUGCUGGCAUAUACAAUAAACGCUCUUGGCCGUCUAUCAAGUCUCACCAAUACGAGCCGAUUGUGUGGGGGACGCACUAAAGUUUUACCAGCCGGCGCGCCUGCACGAAGGACGUCGUCGUCGUUCGGGUGUCGUCUUCGUCGUAUUAAUACGAUCUAACCUACAGGCUAUAUAAUAGCGCCCGCGAAUCGCAAUCUAUGCGUUUUCUAAUUUUACACCGGUUAAAAAAUAAAACAAAAAUAAACAUCAGUCAAGUGAUUCAAACAUCUGUAAUGAGUAGGAGGGGAGUCAAUUCUCAAGACAAUUAAAAAGCAUGAAGCGAUUAGCAUAAAAAUUAUAAUGACGACUUAUAAAAAACAUAAGAAAACACACAGUAAUCAGCAAACCAUAGAACCAUACUAUACUAUUAGAUACCUAUUUAUAUUUGUCACGACAUUAGCGUCAGUGACGGUGUUUCACAUUCAUCAAGAGCUAGUGCGGCCAAAACUCGAACAUUUAGUAGUUUACGAAAAUUUAACUGAUCGUGAUCCAAGAGUUACUUGUCAGUUUCCUAUACUUAACCCGUUUGAUGCGUCUAUUCUUAAAUACGUGUUCGUACCCAAACCUAUAAGAUGUAUGGAAAGGUCCUAUCGUUUGACUUACAUCGACAUGGAUACCGGGCUUCUACAGUUCAAUGCGUCAGGAUUCGAAGAGUCUGGUUAUUCCAUGACCUCAAAUACGCUUCAUUGUUAUUAUCAAGAAAUUUAUCGCCCAAUUGAUGAUGAUUUCCAUUUGGAGUAUGGACCACAAAUUCCCAUCACUGGUUUUCACGAACCUCUUACGGAUUUCAUAUAUGUAUCAUGCACCAAUUUAUUUGGCAUAACUGUGUAUAGUAACUUUCAUGCAUAUGCUAGAAGAAGGCCAGAAGUUAGAAAGUUUAAAGACGAUAUGGAACUAGGUGUAGCCGUAAUUGGAAUUGAUUCCAUUUCACGAUUAAACUUUAUGAGACAAAUGGUAAACUCAUAUAAUUUCAUCAACAAAGAGAUGAAUGGUGAUGUGAUGCAUGGUUUCACCAAAGUAGGUGAAAACACAUUUCCAAAUGUGAUUCCGAUGUUAACAGGCCGAUCAUUUAUCACGGAACACAACAAUAAAUUUGACGACUGGCCGUAUGUAUGGAAAGACUUUAGUAAAGAAGGUGCCGCAACUCUAUAUGCGGAAGAUCAGCCAGAAUUCAACAUGUUUGACUAUUUAGCUAAAGGAAUUACUUUACAACCAACUCUGCAUUACAUGCGUACUUAUUGGUUAGCUGUGGAACAGUCGAUGCUAUAUAAGAUGAGCUCACCUGGUUGCCUUGGACCAACGCCUAAACAUCUUAUAUAUUUCGACUAUUUGAAAUCAUUCCUAAAAGUUUAUAAAGACUCUCCAGUGUUCUUGUUCUCACUUUUUAACGAAGUUAGUCAUGACUUUGUCAAUACUGUCGGAGUGAUAGAUAUAGAUUAUAUGCAAUUCCUCAAGACUUCUCUCCACGAAGGACUUUUCAAUCGAACUGUGGUUUUUGUGCUCGGUGAUCAUGGCAAUCGUAUGGAUUUUAUUCGGCGAACCAAAGUUGGAACCAUAGAGGACCGAAUGCCAAUGGUCACAGUAGUAAUUCCAGAAUGGGUAAGCAUGAAGUAUCCAUCCUGGAAAGAAUCCCUCCGUGACAACCGUAUGAGACUGACAUCCACCUAUGAUAUCUAUGCUACAUUCAGACAUAUCUUAAGUACAUUGAAUAAUCAAAACAAAUCAACUGAUAUCAAUGAGUAUUUACUAAAUAGUAUCCAAGACCAAAACGUUAAGAAUCAUUUUGCAGCUACUAGUACUGGCUUAUCGUUGUUUGAACCCGUUCCAUUAGUUAGAGAUUGCAAUGCCGCAGGUGUGGCUCAAUGGCUGUGUGUUUGCCAUGAAGGCCAACAAAAGCGACUUGAUCCAACACACCCAUACAGUAUUGCUGCAUCAAAUGAAGUCAUAAGGUAUUUUAACGAACUAUUGGGUGGUCUCGAAAAUUGUGCUGAAAUGAAGUUGGCUUUUAUUGAGCAUACAUAUUUGUACGAAGCACCACAAAAAUAUGACGAUGGUAAAGUGUACGAAAAAUCUGUUCAAAUAACAUUCAAAGCCUCGCCAGGUAAUGGAUACUUCGAAGCCACACUAGGUAUAGAUAUAAAUAACGGAUCCCAAACAUUUGAAGUCAUUGGGCAAGUCUUUCGAAUUAAUAAAUAUGGACAUCAAGCAGACUGUUUACCCAGAACAAUGCUCGCUAAAAUGCCAAUUUUGAAAGGGAUUUGUUAUUGUGAUUAAAAAAUAUAUAAAUUUACCUACAUUAUAAUAAGAUAUAUUAUUAAGUAUUACUCAACUGUACAUAUAAAUGUUAAUAAUUCAACUAUGAAAAUGACUGAAAAUUUUAGAUUAAUAAACCUAUGUAGAUUGUUCAAUAUACAUACAAUUCAAACAAAAUGAAUUGUUCUCAUGGGCAUUAUUAUGAUAACACUUUGUCAAUUUAAUAUGUGUUGAUUAUGGUUAAAAUGAUUAAUUGUUAAAAUAAUAUAUACCUAUUUAUUAUUAUUAUGAUUUUCUCAGAUUCUAAGUUAAGUAUCAUUGAAGAUAUCAUUUAUUUUUAU